GUUGUGACAGCAAAAUUACAUCGAAAGAAAUAUCCAUUAUUAAUCCUCGGAACAUUUAUGCCGGAAAUGUUUAUAGUAACGGCAACAGGUCUUUAUUUGUUUAUGUGACCUGAUAUCUCAGUGUGCCACUGACGCUGGACAAAACUUACUGAUAUCUGCAUUGGGGCAUCAAGCAUUAGAGGACAGACAUUGCAAACAUUCUCAAUUGAUGGAUCUUGUAAAAGCUGCAAGGCAUAGCCCACCUCAAGAUGAUGUCGGUAGGCUUGAUACUGUAAGUCUGUUAGGAACAACAACAUUACAGGCACCGGAGAAAACCAACUACUACUGGAGUGUUUGUGGCUUGAGUGCCUGUUCCGAGGCCACAGAAGAUCUUAGAUCGCCCAUUUUUUCUCAUCCAAAUUCAAGUAAAUGGUGUGCAGAACUGGAAAAUGAUGUUGGCACGCCAAGGAUGUGCUUCCGUCUCGUGGCUAGCGCCGGUUCGCAGCCUGUGGGGGUGACCCUCGGUGCUUCCGUUUCAAGUCGGGACGGUACGGAAUGCCAGGCAUAUCGGCUGCAGUUCUGCACUCUUCAAAUAGGCGAGAGAUCUCCUCUGCAGUGCAUUGUGGACGUGUUCAAUGGGGAGGACUGGCUUUUUGAAUUUGAAGUGGAGAUCGUGGAAGUCGUAUCGGAGAACAUCAGUCCUCCGACCUGGGAAGUCGCAGGUGGUCUGAAACUGGAUCUGAAGCGGUUGUGGGACUCAAAAAAGUACACAGAUUUCACACUGUGUGCUGGAGGUGUCCAGCUGGAAGCACACAGGGCAAUUCUGAGUGCGCGGAGUCCAGUCUUUGCAGCCAUGCUCCGUCACGAUACGAAGGAGGCUCGAGAAGGCCGUGUGGAGAUCACGGAUGUGGACCCGGAAGUCGUGUCGGAGAUCUUGCGCUACGUCUACACUGACAGUGUGCUGUUACCGAGUGAUAUAACAGAGAAGCUCUUGGUGGCAUUCGACAAGUACGGGCUCCCGUACGCAAAGUCGGAGUGCGAAUCGGAGCUGGCGAGGAAGCUGACAAUAGACAGUGCUGCCAUAACUGCUGCAUGUGCAAUUCUCACCUCGUCUUUCUACCUACAGGAGGUGUGCCUGGCUUUCAUUAAGACCCAUCUUGAAAAGGUGGUGGGGACCGUAGGCUGGGCAGACAUCAUUGACCAGUGCCCUGUGGCCGCAAAGAUGAUCAGCAAAUUGAUCUCUGGAGGAUCAGAGAGGUAUCACUCUCCACCUGCUACAUCUGGUUCAUAUUCGGAUGCUACACCAGGAAAUUCUUCAGCCUCAGAAUGUGUGCCAGAGCACAGCAUUUCCAUGACUUGUGAGGGCAUUUCGGACACUGUGUGUGAUUCGGGCCACACGUGCUGUGAAAGAAAGAAAGUGAUCUACGGAUGGACAGUUUCAGGGUUGAAUUACUGGCCAGAGGGCAGGGAGUUUGUGGCAUCACCUCAUUUCUGCCAUCCCGAGUCAGUUCGCUGGGAGCUAAGACUCUACAAACUUCGUGAAUGGGCAUACGAAGUACGCUUCCACCUGUUGAAAAGUGAAGGAGGUCGUAGCAUAAAAGUAGAUCUGAGUGUUAAGGAAAAAGUACGAAUGAAUUGCACUCAAAAAACAGAUUGUGUGAUUGACGAAGGGUCAGAGUCACAGCAUUGUUUCCCGUGCAAAUUUUUCCUUCAGAAUACAGAAGGGGUGAGGCUCGAAUGUGAAAUCAGUACGGUGUGCCUUGUACAGCACUGGGUAGGAGCAAUUAAGCCAGUGCGGCAGUCGAGUUUCGAACAGGAUCUACAGUCAUUGCGACUGUCGGGAAAUUUCGUAGACUUCAUAUUGUGUGCAGGAACUGUCGAGAUGGGAGCGCACAGAGCAAUACUGGCUGCCCGUAGCCCCGUCUUCGCCCGUAUGCUGCAGCCGGGCUCGGAGGUGUCGAAGAAGGGACGACUGGAGUUUCCGGAUAUGAAACCUCAAAUUUUAGAAAAGGUUCUGUAUUACAUGUACUCGGCCGAAGCAAAUAAUCUUUAUUGGGAUGCCUCAGUGGAACUUCUGGUGGCGUUUCACAGAUUUGAACUGUUCUUCCUGUGUACCGAGUGUGAGUAUUGGGUGAUCUGGAAACUCAGUCGGGACCGUUCUGUCGCUGUCGCUGUCACUGCAACUGCAGCUGUGUUUGCAUUGGAGAAUGAGCGGGAUUUUUUGCUGGAGUGGACUGUGGACUUCAUCGAAUCAAAUUUAGAAGUAGUGAAGGGCACCCGCGAGUGGAGUGAGGCAACUGAGAGGCACCGGGAAGCCGUGGAGAGAAUCUGCCAACUGGUAGAAGAACGACAAAGGAAACUUCAUGCUGUGCUUCAGUCAACUUUUCUGAAACUAAAAUUUUGUCUAAGAUGGUGAACUAUUAUCCACAGCUAUGUAGAGAAGCCAUUGAAAU